UACUUAAUAGUUAAUACCUAAUACUUGUUUGUUUUGUUUCCUCAGUAGACAUUACUACGUUAGACAAUAAGUAAUAACUCAAUGCCCAAUGGCCAAUUGCCAAUACCUUGUGGGCUGUGGUUUGUGAAUUGUUGAUUGAAGUCAAAUUCCUGACAUUCUCCGAGAUUUAGAUAAUUUCUAUAUUAUACCUGCAAUUUAUUAUUUAUACCGCCGUUUGCUGAUCAAGAUUUUUUUACUAACUACUAACCAGACGUAGUUAACUAUCUUAAGAUAGGUGUCUGUACGUCGUGCGUCAACUAUCGUUUGUACUGUGCAACAAUUUUUAUAUCGCAGCUAAUCUUAGUUAACGCUGUCGUAUUGACACCUCUCAUACAUACGAUAAGUUUGCUGUCAAAUUCACUAUUGCCAAUUUGUAAAAGACUUCUGGUAACAUAUCAUCCAUUUGCACGCUGAUGAUGUCUGAAACCAACAUCUCUAGCUCCAGAGAAGAAAAUACAAAUAUUGAAUCCAUGUCAAAUUUAUGUGAAAGUGAUGAUCAGCAACAGACUACAAUUUCUACUGAAAAUGUAACUGUGAAAUUUGAAAAUCAAAACACUGAAGCAACUUCUGAGGAUGGAUAUAUAACAUAUGAGUUAGAUGAAGAUGGAUGUAUUGAUGAAGAUUUACCUGACGGAUGGAUAAAAUGUAAACAUGACAGUGGGAUGCCAGUUUAUUUAAACGAAGAAAUGAAAGUUUGUUCAUUUUCUAAACCAUAUUUUCUUGGAGUUAAUAGCCUCAAAAACCAUAAAAUUCCAGUGGCAAAUAUUCCUUGUUUAGAUUAUAAACUAAAAUUAGAAAAAAUGAAUGCAGAAAGUAAUGAAGAGUUGAACAAAUGCCCUAUAACAUUAACCCAUGAACAGUAUAGAGAAUAUUGUAGCAAAAUAUUCAAAUUCAAAAAUAUUAAAUUUAUGAGAUUUAGUUCUUGGGAUAAACGACGUGAAUAUAUUAGAAUGGUAAAAGCUGAUCGAAGACGUAAAGAUCUUCCAAAAUUAAAAGACAAGUCUCAUUUAAUGUCAUUUCCAGUUCAAGAACCAGAUGUUAAAAGUGAUUGUAAUACAUCCAAUCCUGAUGAUCAGUGGACUAUUAAUCUAAAUGGUAAAAGUUAUGUUAGCAUAUUGCACGAAUACAUUCAACGUGUACUCAAAACACAGCCAUCAUAUGAGUUUAAAGAACUUGAGAAUGCUAGGUAUCCUUAUUUAGCCACAGUAAUUUUAGAUGGCAUGCAAUAUGGUAUCGGUAUUGGUUCAAGUAAAAAACAAGCUAAACUUGAUGCUGCUAGAGCUACACUAGAAAUAUUGUUACCAUCUGUCAAAAACCAUAUCCAAAUUAACCGUAGACAUGCAAUGAAUGAACGUCAAGGUUGUAGUAAUUUUGAUGGAGAUGUACUUUUUGAUAAACUAAACAUUAAAGACUCUAGAAUACCAGAAUUUUGUGCCCAAGCUGCUGAAUCUAUGCCAUAUGAUAUGUUGCAAAUUUGUGUUAAAAGAAAUUUUGGUGAAGAUGCAAAUGUAAAGUGUGAAAUGCAAAGUAUGCAAAGUGGAUCUGAUUCUGAGAUAUUUUACCGUUGUACCAUGACUGUCAAGGAACAUUCUGCCACUGUUAUUUGUAAAAAUAAACGUGAAGGACGCCAAAAAGGAGCUCAAGCUUUAUUGAAGGUACUACACCCUCAUAUUAAAUAUUUUGGGUCUUUAUUAAGAUUGUAUAGCCAUCAAAACGUUGGAAGUGGCUGUGAAAAAAAAUUAGAUGAACCUGGAAAUCAAAGCCCAAAGCCUAGGAGUGGUCCAAAUUAUGAAAUACUAAAAAAACUGAGAGCAGAAAUGUCCAAAUUAUAAUUAAGUAAUAGAAAUAAAUGUUAAAUUA